AUCGAAGAAAACUUUUUAUAAUCCUUUCGCAUAAUACGUAAUGAUUCGUAACAUUUCUAGUACACGCAGCAAAAAAAACUACGUACAAUUUGUGGGUGUAUAAUUCAUUGAUCUAUAAUUCAUUUUAAUAGUUGUAAUUUCAAGUCAUUGAUGAUGAAGCAUUAGUACCAGUGACAUUUCAUUUUGCGAAUUAGUUCGCUUAUAAAUUUGUUACAAAAUGAUGCUUGUUUGGAGGUUAUUCACAAAAAAUAUUACUGCAAAAAGUAUAGAAUUUUAUAAAUCUCCGAUAGUGUAUAAACAAUUAUUUUGUACACAUUCAGUACCAUCGAUCAAGAUCUAUGGAAAAACAUGUGUAUUUUCUUCUUUAAGAUAUCAUGGAACCAAUGCCUUGGAAACGAAAGUUUUAAACUCCAGCGGACGCACCACUAUACGAAAGAAAAGAAUAUCUAAUUUUAAAAAUUUAUUUAUGUUAGCAGUACCUGAAAAAUGGAGGUUAUUCGGUGCUAUUACUUUUUUGCUGGUUUCAUCAGCUGUCACAAUGGCUGUACCUUUUUCUUUAGGAAAGUUGAUCGAUGUCAUUUACACAACUGAGAAAGAAAAUAUGAAAGAUAAUCUUAAUCGAUUAUGUCUCAUUUUAUUUGGAAUAUUUCUUAUCGGAGGUAUAUGUAAUUUUUGUAGAGUAUACUUAAUAACUACGGCUGGACACAGAAUAACUCAGUCUUUAAGAAAACGACUGUAUGCUGCUAUCCUUCGUCAGGAGGUAGCAAUGUUUGAUAGAUCUAGUACAGGAGAAUUUGUUGGGAAAUUGUCUGGGGAUGCACAACUUGUUAGUUAUGCAUUAACAAGAAAUUUAUCAGAUGGAUUACGAUCUGCUGUUAUGAGUGUUGCUGGAAUAUCCAUGAUGUUUUAUACUUUGCCUAAAUUAGCUGUACUUGGUUUAGCUGUAGUACCACCACUUGCUGGUUUAGCCAUAGUUUAUGGCCGCAUUUUAAAAAAGAUUUCAAAAGACAUACAAGAUAAUUUGGCAUCGUUAAAUACGAUAGCUGAAGAGAGAAUCAGUAAUAUAAGAACAGUCAAAGCAUUUGCCAAAGAAAUGACUGAAAUUAAUCAUUAUAACUCUAAAUUAGAUAAACUACUUAAUGUAUGCUAUAAAGAAAGUUUAAAUAGAGGAAUAUUUUUUGGGUUAACUGGUUUCUCAGGAAAUGUAAUCAUCCUGUCUGUUUUGUAUUAUGGUGGAACAAUGGUUUCUGAUAUGUCUCUCACAGUUGGAAACUUAAGUGCUUUCUUAAUAUAUGCUACGUAUGUAGGAAUUUCUUUAAGUGGAUUAACGUCGUUUUAUAGCGAAUUAAAUAAAGCAUUAAGUGCAAACACGCGUUUAGCUGAAUUAAUUGAAAGAGAGCCAGCAAUACCUAUUAGUGGCGGCAAAAUUCUGGAAAAUCAAUUAUCAGGUGAUAUUGAAUUCCAAAAUGUCAGUUUUGCUUAUCCUACAAGGAAGAGUACAUGGGUUUUGAAAAAUUUCAGUAUGAAGAUCCCAAAAUGCAUGGUAGUUGCUAUUGUUGGAUCAUCAGGUUGUGGAAAGUCUACAAUUGCAUCACUUUUGUUGAGAUUUUAUGAUCCUAAUUCAGGAUGUAUACUUUUGGACAAUAAUGAUCUUAGGUCCCUUGAUCCUGCAUGGGUGAAAUCGCAGAUCAGUAUUGUAUCUCAAGAGCCCAUUCUCUUUAGUGGAACAAUAAGAGAAAAUAUAUUAUAUGGAUUAGAAGAUUCAUCAAAGUAUGAUGUAGAAGAAGUUGCAAGAAGUGCUCAUGUUUUGGAAUUUACAAAAUGUAUGGCAGAUGGUUUAGACACAAUGGUUGGAGAAAGAGGCAUUACGCUUAGUGGAGGACAAAGACAAAGAGUUGCUAUUGCCAGAGCAUUGAUAAAGAAUCCAAAAAUUUUAAUUCUGGAUGAAGCAACAAGUGCAUUGGAUGCAGAAAGUGAACAUUAUAUACAACAAGCCUUAGAAAAAGCUGUUCAGGGUCGAACAGUAUUAGUUAUAGCCCACAGAUUUAGUACAAUAAAAAAUGCUGACAAAAUUAUAGUCUUAAAUAAAGGGCAAGUAGCAGAAAGUGGAACUUAUGAAGAACUUAAAAAUUUAAAUGACAGUUACUUUAAUAAACUAAUUCAAUAUCAAACUUUUACCUAAAUUUUAAUAUUAGUAUACUAAAAAGGUCGUAUAUCUGUACAUAUUAAUUGCUCAAUGAAUCAUAUGUAAUAGCUAUAAAUGAAAUAAAUGACUAGUAGUAUAUAAAAAUGAUUCAUAAAGGUCAUUGAAAGUCACAUUUGUAAUAAAUAAUUAAUAAAUUUAUUAAUUUAUAGAAUACAAUGUGUUAUUUUGUAACUGCAUUUUAUUGAUGAGUAUCUCUACACAAUAUACUGACUCUUAAGGAAUUAUGUAAUACUACAAAAGUUCAUGUUUAAAUUAACUUUUACAACCAUUGGAUUUUUUAUUUAUCAACUGCUUUUCAUCAACAAAAAAAUA